AUGUUCUGGAACUAUUUAGUAAAAAGGUAUGCCAAGAAAGUGGUUGGGGAACUGAACGAAGGUAAAGAUCCAUUCACUGAAGAAUACGAGUACGAACGUAAGUCGUUCUUAUCCGGGACCACAAAAGUAGUCAAACGAAGGAGAGAAAAGACGAUCCACGAUUACGUCCCUGAGAGGGAAAAAGAACUGAUACGCUAUAUGCGGAAGAAAAGCUACCGGAUGGAGCUCGUUUUUUCAUUCUGCGGUAUGAGACUAGGGUGGAUUAACAUUAUCAAAUUGGUACCGGUGAUAGGCGACAUAUGCUCUUUGAUUUUCACGCUAAUGGUUUUCAAUAAUAUCAAGAAAAGUAUCGGCAACAUGCCCAAAGAUCUGCAGACACACUGUCUUGCCAAUAUCAUGAUUGAUUUUGCAUUCAGUUUGGUACCGAUAGUGGGCGAUGUUGUCAGUAUCGCAUUUAAGCCGAACUGCAGAAAUGCCAUGAUUAUUGAAGAGUUUUUGGACUCGAAAUAUAGGAAGCUGAAAAAUGUUCAAGACGGGAGUUUGAGGAUACGUUCGCCAUCCAGCACUGCCAAUAGCAUUGGUGACUUUUGA